AUGAAACUCACCGCGGCCUUCAUGGUGCUCUGCAUGGCCCUGCUUAGUGACUCUGCUGCCGCUUUCUUCUUGGACUCUGUGGUUAAGCCUGUGGCCCAACCUGUGGCUGCCCUCGACUCUGCUGCAGAAGCCGUGGUCAGCGCCCCUUUCAACCACUUCAACCCCGUGAAGCUCAUGCUGACCAGCCUGGGGAUCCCAGUGGAGCAUCUCAUAACGGGCUCCCAGAAGUGUAUAGCAGAGCUGGGCCCCGAGGCCAUGGGAGCCCUGAAAAUGCUACUGGAAAACAAUGAAAGGAAAGCAGAAUGCUCCGAGAGCCAUGGGCAUCAGCAGAAGUCCCGAGACCAGCUGCAACAGUUAGUUUUCCCCCUCCUGAAGGUUCCUGGAAAAGAGACCAACAUAGUCCUGGAGUAA